AUGCCUCCUAGACGGUCGCACAAAAAGUCGCGCGCGGGGUGCCGGCGGUGCAAAAAUCGCAAGAUCAAGUGCGAUGAAGUCCAUCCGCGUUGCGGAAAUUGCUCCAAACAUGGUGUCAUGUGCGACUUCGAGAGCCGCCAAGUGCUCGACGAACUGCAUACACUUCCCACCCCGGUCACCAGGAGCCCUCAAGCCCCAGUAUCCGCGCCGACAUCAUCAGGCUCGAUAACGAUGACAUCGACGACGGCGCCAUCCACAGCAGGGAUCCCUGCGUACGACGACCAUCGAAUAUCUCCUUCACGGCUCUCGCCCCCUUCCACGUCCUCAACGCCCUCACUCACGCUACCCUCCGUCCCCAUCAUCACAUCCAUGACGAGACAAGGAGACAGACUUCUGGAAUUUCAGCUAUGGCACCAGUACAUUAGCAGCACGUCCAAAACUCUGGUUAUGAACUCUCCUGCUAGUACGGACAUUUGGCAAAAGGACGUCCCACGCUUCGCUCUGGAGGGGAGAACGUAUUUGAUCGACGCGGUUCUCUCUGUGGCUGCAUUACACUUGCGCUUCAAGAAUCCCGAAGACAGGGUCAUGAUUGAGGCAUCCCAUGCCUACUCUGCCUCUACCUUGGCGGAAUAUUGCCGCUCACUCAACAAGGGUAUAACCGCAGAAAAUGCCGACGCCUUGUUCCUCACUUCAUGCCUUAUUGCGUUCCAGGCCACAGCCUCUCGUCUGUUCAUCAAGGAGGAUAGCGAUCUGACGGAUCCAAGCGAAUCGCACCGCCGAUAUGCAUUGCCUCUUUCUUGGUUUCAUGCUUUCCAAGGCGUCAAAACCAUCGUCGCCACAUCUUGGCAAUGGAUCCGAAACAGCGCCACACUGAAGGUGGUUAUCGACUCUCAGCCUGGCUCCAUGUUGGAUCUGAAUCCGCUCGGGCCAGAAUCCUUUUUUGGCCACCUUCUCGAUGAUCUAGACGAAGAGCUGGAGCAGGAAGAUGAGAGUAACAGAGCCGCAACCAACCAGGGCUACUUCCAUGCUGUCUGUGUUUUAAAUUGGGCCCAUAAGAAUCAGUACGCUCCUUCUGCAUUGGCACUUCCCUCAACUGUAUCACGUCGUUAUGUUGAGCUUGUUGAGGCUAAGAGACCUCGUGCGCUCGCCAUUCUCGCCUGCUUCUUUGCAUUGCUCAAGCGUAUGGAUAACGUAUGGUGGCUAGACGAUGUGGCUCGUCGAGAGGUUAUGGGCCUUGUGAGUCUAUUCGAGACUGGCUCGAAAUGGUGGAGGCAUCUUGAAUGGCCGAUCCGGAUCGCCCUAUGGGACGGAGAAGCUGAUGCUAUCCCGGCCGAUAUAUGGGGUGUGGAGCGGAAGGAGAACCCUCCCGCAGACGGAGGCGUGCUAUCCGCAGAGACGAUAUUGAACCAUAUCGAUCUUAUGGCCAAGAUGAUGGACAGUACCCAAGGGCCGCAGUCAAUAGAGUCCAUCCCCGUGGUGGGAGACUUGGAUGGCUUGGUUCCACCGCCACUCGACUAGAAAUCUUGAGUGACCAUUCUUGGGACAUGCGCCAACGCCUGGCACAGCCUCUCAGAAGUGUAUUAUUUGCUGUUGAUGUUGCAGCUGCUCAACAUCAUUCGGAUAAUUCGGCCUUGUUCAGAAGAGGAGACACUGAUGUAUAGAUAACCACGGAAAGAUGUACGAGCGUGGGAGUUUUUUUUUUAUUCCUUUUUUUCUGCCCCUUCUUACCUUCUUAUUGGGAGAUGGGUUGUCUCUUAUUUUUAUUCCCCCUUUUUAUCGAAGCUGCAAUGCAGUUAUCACUCUUGCAUGUUUUAUUUUCUAAUUUCUUUCACGAGCGAUUCGUAACUGGGCGUUUGGAACGGGGUCUAUGGUCAAAGACGAUCUGAUGAUAGCAGGGCUCGUGGAUUCUAGCACUUCGGAGUCACUUUGUUUCAUACUGAUAUGGAGGACGACAUGACACAUAAUUCUACGGGGUUCACAAGGAGUCAAGAUGAUAUUGGGUAUGGUACAAUUGCAUCUAGGAGUUGUGCUGCU